CAGUGCGGCCUGUGGUGGAUUGUAAUGGGCGGUUCGGUUUAUGGAGAAGCAACCGGCGGUACCCAUACCCGCCCAAUCCAGCUGAGUAUAUUUUCCAAUACGUAGCCGUUUUAUUUCUCCCACAUAAGCGAUGAAAAACUCUAGCGAAGAACCUGUUGCUCUGAAAAUUAUAGAUAAAAGAGUUUUUCGUUGUUUAUUUGUUUUUAUGAAACUUGCGCCAUUGUUGCUAUGUAAUCUUCUCAAUUAAAGGAUGAAGCCACUCAAUUAUACAGAAAGAAAACUCAUCACAGAACUAUCAAGUGAGCCACAUGCGUCGCAAGGGAUUGUCAACUUUGAUUACAAGGGAAAGGAUUAUAGGAACCAGAUUCAACUUGGAAAUGGAUCUUUGCUAGGAGCAAGUUAUAUUCAGAGUGUCAGCAAUCAUUUAUCAUUGGGUGAGGAGGUACUUUGGACUGGUCAGCAUCAGAAGUCUGGUGUUGGUUAUGCUGCUCGCUACAACACUGAUAAAAUGGUUGCCACUGGACAAAUUGCCAGCACUGGAAUGGCCCUUCUAAGCUAUGUUCAGAAGGUAUCUGAUAAGGUUUCUCUGGCUACUGAUUUAAUAUGCAACUUCAACUCCAUGUCAAGAGACGUCACUGCUAGCUUUGGUUAUGACUAGAUCCUUUGGCAGCUGAUUAGGAUCAUAGUUGGCCAUUUAAAGUCUCCCUUUGAAAGCUGAUUAGGAUCACAGUUGGCCAUUUAAAGUUCUUUGCUCAUUGUGAUGAAAUUUUGACCCAUUUUAUCCAGUUGAAAAACCAUCUUAUCUUGUUUCAACAUCUUGUGUUGGUUAUUAUAGUGCCGCCUUAGGGGAAAGGUUGAUUCCAAUGGCGUCUGUGCUGCAUUUUUGGAGGAGCGGUUAAACAUGGGUCUGAACUUCAUUCUUUCUGCCGAGCUUGAUCACAAGAAAAAAGACUACAAAUUUGGAUUUGGUUUGACUGUUGGAGAAUAAAAUAGCAUGACUAGAGCUGUAUUUCCUUUUUCAUUAGCCAGCCUAGCCUAGCAAGUUUUCUUGCUUCAUUUUACUUGUUGGAGAUUUUUCUUUUUGUGUCGGCAAACAUCAUUUAAUCUACAAGUUGGCCUAAAAAUACUUCAAAUUUGUUGCCAUAUUUUCCCUGGAGAGAGAUGUAGAGUGAUAAUAGAUGACCAUGCAUAUUAUAAGAUUCAUUUCAACAUAAUGCUCAUGUUUGCUAAUAUCUUUCGAUUUCUCAAGAGCGAUGACUUAAAAAAGUCCUUGCAUAAUUUGGUGAUUAUGUUUACCAUUUGGAUGUUUUCACAGAUUCAUACUAAUCAAACUUAAUAAAGCGAUUUGGAUGUU